GCCUGGCGAGAUUGAAUUGAUAGUUCUCAUUCACAAAGCCUUGGAUUCUGAGCUGGGGACACAACGGAAAUUACAUUCAUAGGUAAACCAUCCCACCCCCGGAGGGUGGAGAGCUUGGAUCCUUGGGUGACUUCUUUGCUCCGCAGAGUGUUUUCCUAUGGUCGCCCCGAGAUGGAACUUCCUUGACAUCGCUCCCCUGUUACAGUCCUUCCCGGUCAUUUUUCUUUCCCUUUUCUCUACCUGAGUACUUUCAGAGUUGAAAACCUUUAAACCUGUUAUUUUGGAAUUGCAAAAAAAGAAGAGCUCAAGGGACUCUUUCACUGUGCUGGUUUCCCUUGGUGACCCAGAGGAAGAAAAGAUUCAAAAUUCAUUUCCUCCCUGGGCAUUGCAAGACAGAAAAGAAACUGUCACUUCCGAACAGCCCCGCGCUGGAGUAAAUUCAGCCUGAAGGAGGAAAGCGCGCCUGCUUGUUAGAACCCUCCCUAGGAGCUGGACUGGGAGCGGGAGGUGGACUUUCUUCAGAAUGGAUUGCUGCAAGCAGACUUCCUUGGGAACGGAAUCUAUUUAAAUACGCCUUUGUAGAAAUCCAGGUGAAAUGUAUUCAUCAGAAUAGUUGAAGGCUUUUUUUCUUUUAAUUUUUCAAAAUGAGCAUUGUUAUGAAGCCAAGAUCCCGAUCUACAAGUUCCCUAAGGACGACAGAGGCAGUUGGUUUUGACGUGGACAAUGGCACAUCUGUGGGACGAAGUCCCUUGGAUCCCAUGACCAGCCCAGGCUCUGGGCUGAUUCUCCAAGCAAAUUUUGUCCACAGUCAACGCCGGGAGUCCUUCCUGUAUCGAUCCGACAGCGAUUAUGACCUCUCUCCAAAGUCUAUGUCCCGGAACUCCUCCAUUGCUAGUGAUAUACAUGGAGAUGACUUGAUUGUGACUCCCUUUGCUCAGGUCUUGGCCAGCCUGCGAACUGUACGAAACAACUUUGCUGCAUUAACUAAUUUGCAAGAUCGAGCACCUAGCAAAAGAUCACCAAUGUGCAACCAACCAUCCAUCAACAAAGCCACUAUCACAGAGGAGGCCUACCAGAAACUGGCCAGCGAGACCCUGGAGGAGCUGGACUGGUGUCUGGACCAGCUAGAGACCCUACAGACCAGGCACUCUGUCAGUGAGAUGGCCUCCAACAAGUUUAAAAGGAUGCUUAAUCGGGAGCUCACCCAUCUCUCUGAAAUGAGCCGGUCUGGAAAUCAAGUGUCAGAGUAUAUAUCAAACACAUUCUUAGAUAAACAACAUGAAGUGGAAAUACCUUGUCCAACUCAGAAGGAAAAGGAGAAAAAGAAAAGACCAAUGUCUCAGAUCAGUGGAGUCAAGAAGCUGAUGCACAGCUCUAGCCUGACUAAUUCAAGUAUCCCACGGUUUGGAGUUAAAACUGAACAAGAAGAUGUCCUUGCCAAGGAACUGGAGGAUGUGAACAAAUGGGGUCUUCAUGUUUUCAGAAUAGCAGAAUUGUCUGGGAACCGGCCCCUGACUGUUAUCAUGCACACCAUUUUCCAGGAACGGGAUUUAUUAAAAACAUUUAAGAUUCCAGUAGAUACUCUAAUUACGUAUCUCAUGACUCUUGAAGACCAUUACCAUGCUGACGUGGCCUACCACAACAACAUCCACGCUGCAGACGUCGUCCAGUCUACGCAUGUGCUCUUAUCGACACCCGCUUUGGAGGCUGUGUUUACAGAUUUGGAGAUUCUUGCAGCCAUUUUUGCCAGUGCAAUACAUGAUGUAGAUCAUCCUGGCGUGUCGAAUCAAUUUCUGAUCAAUACGAACUCUGAACUUGCCUUGAUGUACAAUGACUCCUCUGUCUUAGAGAACCAUCAUUUAGCUGUGGGCUUUAAGUUGCUUCAGGAAGAAAACUGUGACAUUUUCCAGAAUUUGACCAAAAAGCAAAGACAAUCGUUAAGGAAAAUGGUCAUUGACAUUGUACUUGCGACAGACAUGUCAAAGCACAUGAAUCUCCUGGCUGAUUUGAAAACUAUGGUUGAAACUAAGAAAGUGACAAGCUCUGGAGUUCUCCUCCUUGAUAAUUACUCUGAUAGGAUUCAGGUCCUUCAGAACAUGGUGCAUUGUGCCGAUCUGAGCAACCCAACCAAACCUCUCCAGCUGUACCGCCAGUGGACGGACCGCAUCAUGGAGGAGUUCUUCCGCCAAGGAGACCGGGAGAGGGAGCGUGGCAUGGAGAUAAGUCCUAUGUGUGACAAGCACAAUGCAUCUGUGGAGAAAUCACAGGUGGGCUUCAUAGACUACAUCGUUCAUCCUCUCUGGGAGACGUGGGCAGACCUUGUACAUCCCGAUGCCCAGGACAUUUUGGACACUUUGGAAGACAAUCGUGAAUGGUACCAGAGCACAAUCCCUCAGAGCCCCUCUCCUGCACCUGACGACCCAGAGGAGGGUCGGCAGGGUCAAACUGAGAAAUUUCAGUUCGAACUGACUUUGGAGGAAGACGGCGAGUCAGACACAGAAAAGGACAGUGGGAGCCAGGUGGAAGAAGACACUAGUUGCAGUGACUCCAAGACUCUUUGUACUCAAGACUCGGAGUCUACUGAGAUUCCCCUUGAUGAACAAGUUGAAGAGGAGGCCGUGGGGGAAGAAGAAAGCCAGCCGGAAGCUUGUGUAAUAGAUGAUCAUUCUCCUGACACGUAACAGUGCAAACACUUUCAUGCCUUUUUCUUUUCUUUUUUUUUUUUUUUGGUAGAAAAAUUGUUUCCAAAGUGCAUGUCACAUGCCACAACCACGGUCACACCUCACUGUCAUCUGCCAGGACGUUUGUUGAACAAAACUGACCUUGACUAUCCAGUCUGGCGCUCAGGAAUAUCGUAACCAGUUUUUUCACCUCCAUGUCAUCAGAGCAAAGUGGACAUCUUCAUGAACAGCAUUUUAACAAGAUUUCAGCUUGGGAGAGCUGACAAAGCAGAUAAAAUCAAUUCCAAAACGUUUUCAAGGGAGCGUGGCUCAUCAGGCAGCCCUGAGAUUUUAUUUUAUUUGUUUGCAAUAUUUUCUGAAGGAGGAAGGCAUUUCACCAAGUGAACUUCGUGGGUGAAGCAACAGAUACAUCAAGAAACAGGACACAGCAUCGAUCUGUCUCCCGAAGGAGGAGGAGCCACAGAAAUUGCAUAAUUUUCUAAUUUCAAGUCUUCCUGAUAUAUAUGACUGAAUAGUGUGGUUCAGUGAGCUGCACUGCCCUCUGCAUUUUGUAUGAUAUGUAAAACAGAUUUUUUGUAGAGCUUACUUUUAUUAUUAAAUGUACUGAGGUAUUAUAUUUAAAAAAAAAAACAACAACUAUGUUCAGAACUUCAUCUGCCACUGGUUAUUUUUUUCUAAGGAGUAACUUGCAAGUUUUCAGUACAAAUCUGUGCUACACUGGAUAAAUCUAAUUUACAAAUUUUACUUGCACCGUAUAGUUCAUAGCAAUUAACUGAUUUGUAGUGAUUCAUUGUUUUAUAUACCAAUGACUUCCACAUUUUAAAACAGAAAAACAGCUUUACGUUGCAGGAAGCCCUUUUUGUAAGCCUUCAUUCACGUUCUCUUUCUGUUUCACUCUUUCCAGAUAAGUGGAGCUGCUCUCCGCUGACAUUUUUUUUUUCCCAUAGUGUGCAAAGUGAAUCUUAGUUCUAUGAUGUGCGUAAUGUCAAAUGUGUCUUCAUCAUCAGUUGGUGUUGGAAACUCAGUCAUCAGUUGGUGUUGUCUGAAGCAAGUGGGAGAUAUAUAAAUACCCAGUAGCUCAAACGGUCAGUCUCUUUUAGGUCUUUUCCUACUUAGUGUCUUCUGAUGACUGUUUGCCCUGUCAGUAGACGUGCAUUUCCCCCAGUGCAUGUCCUUGUAAUAAUCCACGCUUUUCAUGCUCCUUUUAAUUGUUCUUACAGUUAUAGUGAGAAAAAUGUCUUUUCCUCUUGUGCUGCUUUAUUAUUUAGUGUGUGUUUGAUCCCCUGUCCAUGGUUGCUAGAUGGGAUCUUCUCAGAUAUAUCACCACCAUUCAGAUGGAUGAAAGAAGCAGGCAGGUAGGCCAGCUAGGGUCAGCAUUCAUUUCUACCAUGAGCGGUCUAUAUGAUUAGCUUUUAUUUACUCUUGGUUUACAAAGAAAAGUUCACGACUGACUAGGCAGUUUUUAAGAAUAUUAACAGAAUAUACUAACAGACACCAGUGCAACUCUCUUUGGUUUCAGUGAUUUCACCAUGAGAUUCAGAACUGUGUGCAGUAAUAAUCUCUCUGAGAAUUUUAAGUAUAGCAACUGCUCUUUUCUAUUGGACAGCUGUGUGAUUUGUAGGGACGGCUCUGUCACUCACCCUUGAUUCCUAAGCGUGUCUUACAGAGGGGAACUACUUCCAGAAACACACCAAGGGAGAGAAGAUGAUGCCACUGGCACCAGAGGGUCGGUAAAAAGAUUUUGCCUAAAUAAGAAAUUAGAGCUCACCCUUGUCUGAUUUCAGCAUCAGGAACUGAACUUCAAUUUUAGAGAUCAAGUCCCAGUUUUUACCUACUCAGAGCAGUUGGUUUCAUGAGGCAUUUAGUUUGGACUUUUCUUCUCAUAUCCGUUUUUAGUAAAGUGUUUAAUAAUACAGCUGAGAAAAACUGCAAUCCUGAGAAACAUUUAUAAUGGGAACUUCCAAAGAGCCUUGUGGGGACUAGUCACUGAGUUAUCAGCCAGGGAAAUGACCCAAACUAAAGACAGUUCCUGUUUUAAUCCCCUGAGAUCCAACCAAUGGAUGAACGGAUGCUGAGAACAUUUGAUAGAAAAAAUCCUGUCUUUAUGGCUCUGAUCUUUUACAUAGGGCAGGAUAGGAAUCAACUAAUUACUUACGAGAUUUGCGACUUCUUUUCCCUGUAAAGAUCCAAAGUUAACCUUCCAAAUAAAUACCUACGUUUGAUCAGGUGGCGUCACAAGAAACGU